UCUGAACUCUGAAGCAAAGUUCAAAAUCACCCAACCAAAACCCUAGGUUCUCCCUGCAACAGUUCUGCCGUAGGCCGCCGCCGUCCGUGCUGUCGGCGCCUCCGCGUCCUCUCUUGUAGCCCAGGCCUUCUCUUGUAGCUCGGCGUCCUCCUUCCCCCUGUCCCCGUCCUCCCUGGCUUCUCUCGAACUUGGAGCAGCUCGCCGCCGUGUCGCCGGUCGCCGUCGUCUCGCCGGUCGCCGUCUGUGUCUCCGUCGAAGAACUGAGAAGGAAAAUGGCAAUCUGAACCAGCAAAAGGAUUUCCACAGCGUCAGCGCGUGCUCACACUCACAAGAACAAGAAAACUAACUCUUUUCUGCCCUCUGGUGCACUGUAAAAUUAUGUGAGUCACCGUUAUCUCUUCUCCCAUCUCCAUCUUCAUGGCUCUGAAACUUACAAUCACCUUCCCCAUCACCCUCGAAUCCAACUCACGCCCAUCCACGGAGCUCCAGUUCUCCCGCUCCGACUUAACCGACCGCCACCGCCAGCAGCACCCGGCAUUCAAGUUCUCCAACAUCCCCAAAUCGAGACCUAAACGGCUGACAAUACCGCCCGAUAACAUCAAGAUUGGCGAAGAUGGACUCUCGUACGUGAUAGAGGGUGCACCCUUCGAGUUCAAGUACAGCUACACCGAGACUCCCAAGGCCAAGCCACUCAAGAUCCGGGAGCCCCCCUUCCUCCCCUUUGGCCCUGCCACCACACCCCGCCCAUGGACGGGCCGGGCCCCACUCCCACCCAGCAAGAAGCAGCAGAAGGAGUUUGACUCCUUCGUGCUUCCUCCGCCCGAUAAGAAAGGGAUAAAGCCCGUUCAGUCCCCCGGUCCUUUUCUUCCCGGCACCUUUCCCCGGUACGUCUCCUCCAGAGAAGAGAUUCUCGGUGAGCCCUUGACUCAGCAGGAGAUCGACGCUUUGGUUAGAAGCUCCGUCAAAACCAAUCGCCAACUCAAUAUUGGUAGAGAUGGUUUGACGCAUAACAUGUUGGACAAUAUUCAUGCUCACUGGAAGCGAAAGAGGGUCUGCAAGAUUAAGUGCAAAGGAGUUUGUACAGUUGAUAUGGACAAUGUCUGCCACCAGUUAGAGGAGAAGACAGGGGGGAAAAUAAUCUACAGAAGGGGUGGUGUGUUGUACCUUUUCCGAGGCAGAAACUAUAACUAUAGAACACGGCCGCGGUUUCCCUUGAUGCUGUGGAAGCCUGUGCCUCCAGUAUAUCCUAAGCUUGUUAAGCGAGUUCCAGAAGGUUUAACGCUACAACAAGUAACUGAAAUGCGUAAAAAGGGAAGGGAAUUAAUUCCCAUAUGCAAGCUAGGAAAAAAUGGUGUUUACUGUCACCUAGCAAAAAAUGUCAGAGAGGCAUUUGAAGAGUGUGAACUUGUCCGUAUAAACUGCCAAGGGCUAAAUAAAAGUGACUAUAGAAAGAUUGGAGCCAAACUAAGGGAUCUCGUUCCCUGUGUAUUGCUUUCAUUUGAAAAUGAGCACAUACUUAUGUGGAGAGGGCAAAAUUGGAAGUCGGCUCUAGCAAAUCCCACAGAUAAUUCAAAGGGGGCCAAUGAACAAAAUAACAAAAUACUAGCAUCAGAAGUCUCAGCAUCAAGUCGACAGGAGAAUUCAGUAGAGAAUGAAGGCAAUGACACUAGCAUUUCUUCGAGUUCAAGUGAUUUGGCUUUGGGAAAGGUUGAGGUGUCGUCUCCCAUAGAAGAUAGCAAGCAAUCUGUGACUAGUACUACUUCACUUGCAAGAAAAUCUGAAGCUGAAUGUAUAAACAAUGUUACAGGCUCCUAUGGUGAGCCGGAGUCUUGCGGGAGCAUUAUCUCUAAUAUGACUUUGUCGGAUGAUGAUGACAGCCAUGCUAAAUGCCCCUCGGAAGCUUGGAGUGAAAGCAAUGGAGCUGAGGAUAUGAUGGAUAACGAAAGCUGCAGUGAUGGCCCUUCUACAUCAGUUUUAGGAUCUGAGGUAAUGUUAGGAACUAAUGACAGUUAUAUCAAUGGCAAGGUAGAUCCUCGAGUCGAUAAGACUAUAGAUGGUUCAGAAACUGAUGAUGCCAGUUGGCCACCAAGGUCAACUGCACCUUGUAUGAAAGGCAUUUUAUCGUUGUUGGAGGAAGCAGUUGAGAAACGAUGUGCACUUAUUUUAGAUGAAGAUUCUUUGGAUGCUGACACUAUUUAUCAAACUACAGUUUCCUUUGCCAAAUCAGCUUCCUCCGGACCAGUCUUUAGGAGACAUAGUAAGGUUGUGGUUCAAAAAACUGCCAAGCAACAAGGUUCCGCUUCCUCCAAGGGAAAAGAAACUGCUGCCAUUCCUUUGAAAGAUAAAGGUGAAAGGGAGAAGACUCAAAAGAGUUCUAAAAUUCAAAGAAAAACAAAUUUUGAUGAACGAUUUCUUAAUGCUGCACCACGAGGAACAUUACGAGUAGAUGAACUUGCAAAACUCUUAAUGUGAUACUUUUUGCUAUCAUAAAAUGUUAUGAUCUUAUCAAGUGCA